AUGGCGUCCGCGUUCCAGAAUACGUGGCAGAUUGCGCUCGAUGCCGAAAGGGAGCUUCUGAAGAGCCUUGCCGAAAAAGAACCCACGUUUACCGGAAUCUCGCAUUAUCUUUCAGAAUUCCGGUCCGCCUGCCAAAAUGCCAUCCUCCAGGAUUUCGAGGCUGCUCGCUCCGUCGAUGUUGAGUCCCAUCUCUGGGACAUGCAUCUCAAGAUCAACACUCGAUUCCGUAAACUUCUCUCUCGCUUCCGCGACGAAACUGUGAAGAAGAAGAAACCGGUCGAGAGACGGAAACUCGAGAAACAUUAUCUCGAGUUCAUCAAAUCCAGCCAGCGGUUUUAUCGGGGCUAUAUCCAGCAAUUGUCGUCGCAUUUCGGCUGCAUUCCCGAGCUUGAAAAAGUUGCGCGGAAGUUCAAUUUUGACACAGAUCCCCCCGUGGGGAAAUCGACGCCCCAAGCGUCCGGAGACCUUCGAAGACGUGUACUCUUAUCAUGCCAUGGAGCCCUCAUCCAUCUCGGCGACCUGUCGCGCUACCGCGAAACUGAAUUGGUUAGCAAGGACCGGAACUGGGGACCUGCCAUUGGCUACUAUGACUUAGCUAUGAUUAUUUACCCGGCUUCGGGCAUGUCGCACAAUCAACUGGCCGUUAUUGCUCUCGCCGAUGGCAACCACUUGAGGGCCACUUACCAUCUUUACAGGGCCCUGGCGGCGCAGGAGCCCCACCCAUCGGCUCGGAGCAACCUGGAGAUCGAAUUUCGGAAGGUCAAGUCUGCAUGGACCAAGCGGGAGUUGAUUCGUCCGGAAGAUGCUGGCAUUCCUGGCCGAGCAUUGGCCCCUUGGUUCGUGUACCUGCACGCCCAAUGCUACAAGGGCACCGAUUUUCCGGAGCACGACGAGCUAGAAAGUGAGGUGCUCAACCAGCUCGCUGUCGACCUCAAAGAACGCUCACUUGAGGGUACUUUGCAGAAGUUCUGUCUGAUCAACAUCGCCGCGGAAGACUUUUCUAGGAAACGCUCAAAUGAAGAGUCCGUAUCAAAUGCGCGCCUCUUCCUUCAGCGAACAAACGUGAAAACCUUCUUCACGUUGCUCCAGAUCCUUCUGGCCGAAGUGGAACGGUUUGCCGUCGAGGAUCCUACCAACAAGGAAACGAGGACCGGUCCCGAUAAAGUCACCGUCGUUGCGCGUCGUGUUCUGCCCGCCCUUCGGAACUACAGCUCUUGGCUUCUUACCGUCAGCAAUCUACUAGUGGCGCACAAGGAGGAAAAAGACACCCCUCUUGCCGUGCAGAUAACAGAAUUUUGGAAGAUUUAUGCCAACACCCUGACUCUCCUUGCGUCGACUUUUGACGUGGUUCAUCUUCCAGAGAUCGACUACCUCUUGGAGGAGGAUGAAGAAACGCUGUGUUUUGCACCCCUCAGCGUGGAGGCUACGUCGCGCAGAUACUUUGAUAUGAACGGUCAGCAGAAACCUCGAAUGAACGACCUAGGGGUUGAAAGAAGCCAUCCCAACAUGGAAAUGCUAUAUCGGAUUCGUGAGUUUGUGAUUGAUGGUCUAGACCUGGUUGUCAGCAAUAAAAUCCCCGUGGCCCUGAUCGAUGAUGAAGACAAGAAGACCUUCAUCUACAAAGAAGAGGAUCUGCCUUCUCAGUUUCUUGCGAGUCCUGCAGGCCAUCAGCACACGCUUCCUUCCGCGAGCAUCGGACGGGAAGACAUUCAACAAGUGGCGCAAGAUCCCCAACAUGCCACAGAUGCCCGGAGCACAUUUGGCGGCUCUCAAUCGGCGUCUGCGUCGAUGUCCGCGAGUAUGCACCGCAUAGUUGAGGGGGUAGAACGAUUGGUAGAGUCAGACACGUAUGAGAACGGCCCGACCUUGCCAGAGCCCCUGGCCUUCUCUCAGAAUGCCAGUCAGCAACAGCGCUCGAGCCGUAUGUUCGACCCUAGCACGGACUCGAUCUUCCGCGAAGACAACUUCCCUCCACGCCAGACUCCCAUUGCCCCUCCUGGACUUGGCCCACCGAUGCCAGCUGCUGCCGCUCUCGUCAGAGAUCCGUCGUCUCAGUCCUACACCUCAAGACCCGCGCUUCCCGGAAUCCCCAGCAUUUGGAACACCGCCCUUUCGCCUGACCUCGCCGAGGCUUCGUCUCCUCGUACGCCACCGGGACUCGGACAACGACCGGCUCAUAUGAUGCCGGGAAGCGUCGGUGCCCCCGGUCAUCAUCGCCAGCCGUCUCAGGAGGCGAUUGCCAACGAGCUUCUAUUCCGCCAGAGUCUCCUAAACCAAAGCCCCUUGCAGAACCCCCUAAGCGGGCCUGGCACCAUGUCCCCAUGGAUGGGUGCAGCCAAUCCCAUAUCGCACCACCGUCUCUCGGGCCUCAACUGGGAAAGAGCCCAGCUGGAAGCGGUGCAUUCGCCUGCCUCCCUCGGUGUGCCCAGUCAGCCGAUUUCGAGUGGCCUAGCCAACGCCUCGUGGGCCAAUGAUGCAUUCCUCGCCAGUAGCUUUUCGUCGGUUCCCGGCUACCCCAGCUCCGGAUUCAGCGGCAAUCGCAAACCAUCCACCCAGUACGGCGCCAUCGGCCAGACUCCCCCAUGCGGACAAGGGGGGUGA